AAAUGUUUAUCCGGUUGUUGAACAGCUGCAGCGUUCCCUCCAGAUCCCGGUCUGAAUCAUUCCGACUGGUUCUAGCAUGACACAGUCUGAGUUUGGACUGGUUUUAAUGGGACGGCCCGUCACCAGGCUCAGUGAGGGGAGGAGCUCCACUCUGACAGACUUUGUGUUGGAGCUGAAGAGCUGCUGCGUUCUCUCUGUUCUUCUGUCAGUACCAGGGAAAACAAUGCAGCUGCUGCUUUUCUCCUGCAUGAUGAUGAUCUUCUGCCUUCAGCCAGGAUCCUCUGAGGAUUUACUGACACCAUUUAAAGACGAUCAACUGGAUUUGGAAGGAAACGACGUGACUCUGUCCUGCAACUAUUCAGGAGCAGUAAACCUGCUGCUGUGGUACCGACAGACGCCCAGUUCAUCUCCACAGCUGGUCACCUCAGGAUAUUCAGACACAACAGGAAGGCUUUCUUUGAGACACGAGAAAACAAGAAAGACGUUUCAUCUGCUGAUCUCCUCUGCUGCAGUGACAGACUCUGCUGUGUACUACUGCGCUCUGGAGCCCACAGUGACAGGAAACACCAGAACCCUGCACAAAAACCUGCAGUACUCCACAGCAGCCACUAGAGGGCCUCACUCUCUGUUAAACCAGUUAAACCUGCAGUUCUCCACAGCAGCCACUAGAGGGCCUCACUCCCUGUUGGUCCACUGGUUGUUGAGUCUUUGGACUGAAGACAAAGACAGAUGAGACGUUGUGACUGAGCUUAGUCUCAACCAUCACCAUUAUCUGCUUUA